AUGGCACAAGUCGGAGAAGCCUCGGACAAAACAGCUGUUGGGGAAGAGAUUACAAAGUUAGGGGUGAGGGACGUCCUGAACACCUCCAUCAUUGAUUGGAGAUAUGAAAUAUUGGCCAAAAAGGACGCGGCAACAGCAGAGGAGGUCCAAUUUGUUCAGGGGCUCAAAAACUUGGACCAGGGAGGAAAGGAGGCUUUGUUCAGUCCUUUUUUCCUACUUAAAGGCUUUGAUGGGUGUGCUGACACCCCAGUUGAGGUGCUCCAUGUUUUCCUCCUUGGGAUUGUCAAAUACAUGUUGCAAUCAUUCAUGAAAUCCCUCGCGACUGGGGUCCUCCCAGAAGUCAUGGCCCGAUACAAAUCGUUUGACACCAAAGGAUUGAAUGUCCCAUCAUUGCGGCCUUACUACCUCACCAAACAUUACAGGAACCUCAUUGGAAAGGACUUCAAGGUAGCUCUUCAGGCAGCCCCCUUUGUUUUGUUUGAAUACAUGUUGGCGGACAAGCGCUUGGUAUGGUCAGCUCUGUGUCAACUUGCUCCGUUUGUGUUCCAGACACACAUUGCAGAAAUGGAUGCGUAUCAAAUCAGCCUACAACAACUUGUCCGUGUUUUCAUCUAUCACCUCAUCAAGAGCACUGUGCAAAUUAUUCAGAAUCAGGAACCAAUAUAG